GUUUGCGCGUUUGCGCCACAGUUUCUGUGAUCGCAGAGUCUAGAAAACGUACCUGAAAAAAUGAGUGGACGUGGCAAAACCGGCGGAAAAGCCAGAGCUAAGGCAAAGACCCGCUCCUCCCGUGCCGGGCUCCAGUUCCCAGUCGGCCGUGUUCACAGGCUGCUGCGCAAAGGCAACUACGCCGAGCGUGUGGGUGCCGGCGCCCCCGUCUAUCUGGCGGCUGUGCUGGAGUACCUGACCGCUGAGAUCCUGGAGCUGGCUGGAAACGCCGCCCGCGACAACAAGAAGACCCGUAUCAUCCCCCGCCACCUGCAGCUGGCCGUCCGCAACGACGAGGAGCUCAACAAGCUCCUGGGCGGAGUCACCAUCGCUCAGGGCGGCGUGCUGCCCAACAUCCAGGCUGUCCUGCUGCCCAAGAAGACCGAGAAGCCCGCCAAGUCCAAGUAAAGCCCCUGGAGACCGCAAACACAAAGGCUCUUUUAAGAGCCACACACCGCCCUGAUAAAGAACGCAGCUCCUCGUGUCUCUCAGGCACCUACCUCAUCCAUUAACUGAUCAGAUAGAAAUACAUAAUGAAAUAACUCACUCAAAUGUAGUGUAUUGUGUAGAUGAGUAAACACAUCGAGACUAGAUGCAGUUUGUCUCACUAGUGUGAGAACAAUAUCCACCAAUUCUGGAGACCUAGAGAUCCCAGAAUGACAUCUAGAUGUAGAUCAAAGUACUAGUCCAGACUGCACUCAUGCAAAUAAAAGUACAAUGUCUACAUGUACUUACAUGUGAUAUGUGUACUACAUGUGUAGAACAGUCUGCAGUACAUGUAUUUAUAUAUGUAUCCCCCCGUGUUAAAUGUAAAUUUAGUUUGUUCUGUGUAAUUAUGUUAAUCUCAAAGAUUUUGCAGAGAAGCAAACUAUAUCAAACCUUUCCGUGUCUUCAGUCAGAGCUGAAAAGUUAAUUAACAUUUGGCACAUGUAGGAUCCUAUGAGUGCAUUUGAUAAGAGACGUGGCGACACAUAAACGAGGGGACAAUAUUAAUGGAGUCUAAGGAAAUAAAGGAAACAAGAAGUCUAAUGAAUAAGGGCAAAGAAAGCAGCAGAAUUGUAGUUCAAGUACGUCGCUCCCCAUCCUCCAUUCAGAGGUGAAGGAGGACAAAUGUUUGUACCAGUGACCCGAUGCCUGUCAGUGUUUGAUUUGUUGCAAUAGGUCACCCACAGGUUGAGUAGUUCAGCAAGUAAAGUUGAAGUGUAAUAAAUAAGUAGCAAGCAUGUCCUGGGCUGUCAGUUGGUGGUGUUUUGUUGGUGGUGCUGGUAAAGAGACUGG